UGGACAAAAAGCGCGCUCAAAUUCAUUCACCACAUUUCCCACACACACAAUCACACACUCUCUCUCUUCACACACACACACACACUCUCUCUGCAAACAGAAAAUGGAACCUUCUAGAGACGCUGCUGCCGCCGACGAUCAGCUUGCUCGAACUUCUGAAAUCGAAUCUCAGCUUUCCUCUGUCCUUUACGACCUCUCACAACAAGUGCAAGUGGCAAUGGAGCACAUGCUGAAGAUGAUAAAUGAAAUUGAUCAGAGCUCUACUGAAGUAACAGAAGACAUGGAGAAGUGCAAGGACUCUGCUCUUGAGAGGAGGAAAACUUUAGAGGAACAGAAGGAUAAUUUUCAAAGAGCUUCUUAUGCUAUUUUGAACAUGCUGAAUAACCAGGAGGGCGGCUAGAACUUGUAUGUAGACCAUAUCAGACAUGUUGACCCCAUCAUUCCUCGUUACGAUGUAAAAGUUUUAGAGAAUCCAUGUCACCUAGCUCUGAGGUAUUUCAGAAAAUAAUUUUGAGCCGUACGCCUACCCGUUAAAUAACUAUUGCUUGAGUCUGAACGUUAAUAGUCAAUGUAUGAUCUCUAUGAAUCAUGUGCUUUUGUGCCUGCUGAGUGCUGACUAUCCUAAAAGUUCGCUUUUAUGGCCUCCUAAGGCAAAAGCUUUAAUUCGGA